ACUGUCCCACGUUUGUUUGGUUGUAGGUACUUUAACUCCCCCAGUUGCGUCCCCCAGUUUGGGCAAAAAACAAAAGCGCAAAUCUGACAACAGCAGCCGGAGGGAGACAAGUUUUCGCCCCGCAAUGACAGCCGAACGUUAAGGACAUGAUCAACAUUUCAAUUAGAUGCAAUCAUCACCAUUCCCUCGAUCCGGGCUGGGAGACGGAGACUCGAUCGCUUUGGGGAGUUGAGUUUCAUUCACUUGCAUUGGAGACUUUUCCGCCUCUGUCUGGGUGAGAGGGUCUCACUGUGUGUGCCUUUGUGUGCCUGUGUGUGCUACUGAGCCUCAGAUUUCACUUUCGUUUUGUAGAAUUUACUGUGCAGUGCGUACUUCCGCUCUCCGAUCUCAAGUCCCCUCGCACUCGACGCGGCCUUCAUUAGCCCGACGACAAUUUGCAAUGACAACUGUUUUUGUAUUAUUUGUUCGGUUCGGUUUUUUUUUUCGUUUUGGAGAAGGAACAUUCGGGUGAGCAAUGGAAUCACUGCCAACGGGGAAACAGUUUUAUGGAGAGUCGCGUUCCAAGCGUACACGCAAUUCAAAUCAAGCGGACAGAACUCAGUUGUGAAUGAAUAAAUAACCUUUCUCUCAGACAUUGUUAUAUAGUAAAUAAAUAAACGGAAAACAAUGUUUACUCUAAAACAUCAAAGGAUAAUUAUUUAAAGUGAAGUGAAACUACUGGUACUAUAGCUACAACGUCUUCAGAUACAAUCUUCCAAGAAUAAAAUAUAUAAAAUGGUUGUAAAUUAGUUUUAGAGCACAUGCACAUGUUUUAAGGGCUUCAAGGAAUCCGGAAUCCCAAUCUAUUAGAAAAAUCACAAAAGUAGUAAUGACGAGAAACGGAUUCAAACAGCACCUAUUCCUGCUGCUAGCGGUUUUGCUCCAUCGUGGAUCCACGCAGAAUAGCAGCUUGAGGAUAAAUACGAAUGUAAAGGAGAUUGAGGCAACGGACAUUGCCCUGCCCUCUAUCCAGGGGCCCGGAAACAUUUGCAUACGCGAGGAGCCGUACGUGGAGCAUAUCCAGGUGCCGGAGAUGCAGCCGGUGCGCGUGCGCACCUCCAGCUGGUGCAUGGAGAUUCCUCCGCGCUGCUCCACAUACAAGACGGAAAUGCGCGAAGUGAUGAAGGUUCAGAAAUUGAACAAGACGCGAACGGUUCGAUUCUGCUGCCAGGGCUACGAGGGAAACCUGUCCGACAGCCAGGCAACAUGCAAGCCCAUCUGCAGAGGCGGCUGUGGGCGUGGUAGCUGCGUAAUGCCCGAAAUCUGCAGCUGCGAGGAGGGCUACAUCGGAAAGCACUGCACGCAGCGCUGCGAUCACGAUCGCUGGGGCCUCGACUGCAAGAACCUCUGCCAGUGCCAGAAUGGGGCCGCCUGCGACAACAAGUCGGGCAUCUGCCACUGCAUCGCCGGUUGGACAGGUCAAUUCUGCGAACAGACGUGUCCACCAGGAAAUGGCAUCAUGUGUCGAAAGGCCUGUGACUGCGAUGAGAAGCCCUGCCACCAUCAGACCGGAGCCUGCAUCAUGCAGGACCAUCCACUGGAGCUAAAUGUGAGCCACGUUAUCGUGGAGACAGUGAACUCAACGCUAGAGAAAAUGGGCAUUUUACCGCGCUCAGCGACAGCCACAGCCACAUCCACGCCCAGUGCCCUGCCUGAAGUCAUACUGAUCAAGCAGUCGCCCUCCCAGAACCCUGGGCAGCACACACCGAAGAUCAUUUUGCAUCAGUCGAGUAGUGACCUUCUUGAGAAUCUCCAUACGGCUGCAGCUGCUGGCGUCCCGGCGCCCGAGGUCAUUCAUGUCAUCACCAACGGAGUAACGUCCCCACAGGAGCACUUGGCUGGCUUCAUCGCUGGCGACGGGAACAGCAGCCAGAGUGCGACAGAUCAGCAAUCGGGCCUAGUGACCACUUUGAUCGUCAUCAUGCUGCUCCUGCUCGUGGCGAUAGCGGUCGGCUCCUUGUACGUCUACCAACGCUACCACCACAAGGAGGCGAUCGUCUACAAUGCCAAUGGGACUGUGACGACCCAGCCCUCCAAUCCGGAGGUGGUGCUCACCGAAGCUGUCGCCCUGGGCAAGAACUUCCACGAGCCGCUGCCCCAGCCCCCGGUUGUCUCUGCAAAAACAGCCCAUACGAACGAUGUGCCCGCGGAAUUAUAUGACACGCCCAGCAAUAACUCGUCGAUAAAAACACCGCCCUAUGCCUACGCUAGGAAGGAAUCUCUCUACUCCAUUGUCACGCCCAAGUCGCGCAAGGGCAGUCUGGACUCGCAUCUCUAUGACGAGAUACGCUAUCACCAGCAGCAGCAUCAUCAACAUCAUCAUCAUCACCAGCAUCCGCAGACCCGUGCUCAUCCACAGCACUUUCAGCACGCCACAACUGCUGCGGCCUACUUGCCGGCCCAAACGCCCGCGAUGGACACCCACCACCACCACUCCCACCAUCGACCGCACCACAUCAGCCACUUGAUAAUACCGCCCCAGAACUCCAACUUCCUGCAGGUGCCCGCACCCAUAACAGCCAAGAGGAUAGCUCACCUGUACCGAUCAUUCGUUCUACGAAUCUGGAGCUUUAAACAAGAGGUCGGCAUGCACUCGAAUGGCCUGUGUCCAUUGUCGCCUGUGAUGAAGGGUCUGCUGAUGCUGGCUGCGGUCAUGGAAAUGCUAGCGAUGAUUGGGGCUAUGCCAGAGGAAGAGUCGCAUCAGCUUUUCGGGGACAUACACAUCACGAGCGAUAUGGAAUCGCUCAGUCUUACUCGGGAGCGCCAAAAGCAUCUCUGCCAGCGCGAGGUGCCCGUUGUCUUCUUUCAAACACAAAAGGAUUCACCGCCUCGAGGCAAUGGCUCCACGAUUUUCUACCACCGCAUCGAUGUCUGCUGUCUGGGCUACAGGCGCGAUCCCUACUCCGGCAGAUGCGUGCCAGACUGUUCGCAGAGUUCGCCGGACAACUGCUUCAACGGCUUCUGCCGUGCCCCUGGACGAUGUGAGUGCUUUGCAGAGUUCGUGCGCAACGCGCACGGUGCCUGCAUCCACACCUGCCCCAUUUCUUGCCAGGAUGGCCGGUGUUAUCUGAACGGGACCUGUGCCUGCCAUCCUGGCUAUGCCCUGGAUCGGGAGACGCGCCUCUUCUGUCGGCCACACUGCUCCCAGGACUGCGGCACUCAUGAGGAAUGCGUCGCUCCAGGCAUGUGCGACUGUUCCCCUGGCUAUCGUCGCACCGACGAACUGGGCUGUCAACCCAUAUGCACCCCGGACUGUGGAUACGGAAAGUGUGUUGGUCCCAACCAGUGCGAGUGCUUUCCUGGCUUCAUCAAGCGACCGCAGCGAAGUGUCUGUGAGGCAGAGUGUCAUAUUAACUGCGAGAAUGGCUUCUGCGAGUCGAGGUACAAGUGCCAGUGUCGGGAGGGCUAUCGCUAUGAUCUGAACACCACCAGCUGCCUCCCCGAGUGCGUCGACGACUGCGGCCAUGGGAACGGAGUGUGCAUUGCCCCGGGAGUUUGUCGCUGUUUUGAGGGACACGAGGGCCGAGGGAAUGGUUGUCAUCCCAAGUGUGAUGGAUCCUGUGGCCUUCACGGACUGUGUCUGAAGCCCAAUAUCUGUGGCUGUCAGCCAUCCCAACAGCAUUGCUUGAACGGCAGCUGCGAUGCCAACGGCCAUUGUCAUUGCCCCAAUGGACAGACGCACUUCGUCGAUCGCUGCCUAAGGCCACAGCAGCUCAUCCAUCAGCUGGUCACAAAUGAAAGAAGAGUGCACUUUAACCUGCAACUUGGCUACGAGUUCAAUGCCCUGAUCGGACGUCACUUUAAUCUCAGCUAAUCCGUACAAUAAAGCUUGGAUCACUAGAAGUAGAUCUUACCUUAAUAAAAGGACCAUAUGUAUGUGCAAGAAUUAUUUUAAAUUUAUCUUAAAAAGUAAUAGCUGCUUGUUUGGUUUGACUAUGCAGCUCUUAUCUCUUAUUGUUGUAGAGAUCAAAGAGAAAAGAAAUAUAUGAAGAAGAAAUAUAUCAAGAAAAGUGACUGAUUUGUACGUA